UUACAGGACCAUGAAAGAAGAAGAGACUCCAGACACACGUACUCUUGCAGUAGACGAAGACGGCUAUGUUAAUAAAGAGAUUUUAAAGAAAAGACUUCAAGAGCAUGCUAAGACUAUUAAGAUUAGAGGAGCUCAGGGUGAAUACAAAGGGGACAAUGAGCAAUUGGAGAAGAAAAAUAAGUGGAAAAAGAGAGCAGAAGACCUUGAAGAGAAGUAUCAGAAUAAACCAAGAAUUGCAUUCCAUACUUUGACCGAAGAAGGUAAUAAAAAGUUAAUGGAGCUUAAAUAAGGAACGGAUUUGGACUACUCUCGGGUGGUCGUUUAUUGGAAAUCUUGGGGGCGUUCUUGGAGUAUCAUAUUUUGAAAGCAAUAGCACUCGUUGGAAGGCUUCUAGAGUCAAGCAUAAAAGAGAAAUUGCAAAGGUAGCAAUAUUCUGAACUUCUGUUGCUUUCUUUACUUAUUAUGGUUUUGCUAAAGCAAGACAGAUAUAUGUUAAAGGCAAGCUUAAACUUGUAGAGGAAUGUUCUACAGGAUAUUCUCCGCAAUAAUUGAUGAUUUCAGCUGAAGUCUCUCAAAUAUUUAUAAAAGGAUUCA